UGCAAGCUGAGCUCCGGAGGAAGAUGCUGCUGCUCGGGCUGAUGCUGCUGCUGCUGCCCGGCUCUGAGGCCGACCCUCCCGGGGAGAAUGUGCCCGGCGCCCCGCUGGUUCUCCCGGUGCUCCGCGGGCCGGGCCUGGAGGAGCGCGGGGCUCCGGUGGCGCUGCCCCGGUCCGCGGUGGAUCCUGAGGCCGGGCCCGGGGACCAGGAGGCCGGGGAGGAGGAGCCUCAUCACGGCGGGGGGUUCCGGGUGGUACAGUGGGAGUGGAGCUACGUGCAGACUCCGUACAUCAUCGCCUGCUGGCUGCUGGUGGCCAGCGUGGCCAAGAUCCUGUUCCACUUCUCGCAGCGCUUCACCACGGUGGUUCCUGAGAGCUGCAUGCUGAUCCUAUUGGGCCUGGUGCUGGGGGGCGUGGUCCUGUUAGCCAAUAAGAAGCAGCUGUACCAGCUAGAGCCCGCCCUCUUCUUCCUCUUCCUGCUGCCCACCAUCGUUGGAGAUGCCGGAUACUUCAUGCCGGCGAGACUCUUCUUCGACAACCUGGGCGCCAUCUUGCUGUACGCCGUGGUGGGAACGCUGUGGAACGCCUUCUGCACCGGGUUCUGCUUGUACGCCGCCAAGCUGCUGGGGGUCAUAGAUGAGCGUGUGGAGGCGGGGCUUAUGGACUUCCUGCUCUUCGGCGCUCUGAUCUCGGCGGUGGAUCCGGUCGCAGUGCUCGCCGUGUUCGAAGAGGUUCACGUCAACGACACGCUGUUCAUCAUCGUGUUCGGAGAGUCGCUGGUCAACGACGCCGUCACCGUGGUUUUAUAUAAAGUGUACAUCUCCUUCGUGGAGGUCGGGGUGGAGAACGUCCAGACGGUGGAUUACUUUAAAGGAGUCGCCUCCUUCCUCAUCGUCAGUGUUGGAGGGACUCUGGUUGGUCUGGUCUUCGCCGUUCUGCUCAGCUUCCUCACUCGUUUCACUAAGAAGGUCCGGAUCAUCGAGCCGCUCUUCGUCUUCCUGCUCGUCUACCUCGCCUACCUCACAGCCGAGCUCUUCUCCCUGUCCGCCAUCCUGUCGAUGACGUUCUGCGGGAUCGGAGCUAAUAAAUACGUGGAGGCGAACAUCUCCCAGAAGUCCAGAACCACCGUGAAAUACACGAUGAAGACUCUGGCCAGCAUCGCAGAGACCAUCAUCUUCAUCUUCCUCGGCAUCUCCGCCGUGGACAAAUCAAAGUGGGCCUGGGACACGGGCCUGGUGUCCUGCACCCUCGUCUUCAUCUUUGUCUUCAGGGCCGCAGGUGUGAUUGGUCAGACGUGGGUUCUGAACCGGUUCCGGCUCGUCCCAUUGGAUAAGAUCGAUCAGGUGGUCAUGUCGUACGGCGGCCUGCGGGGGGCGGUGGCCUUCGCUCUGGUGGUUCUGCUGGACGGAGAACACGUGAAGGCUAAGGAAUACUUUGUGGCCACGACCAUCGUAGUGGUCUUCUUCACCGUCAUGUUUCAGGGUCUAACCAUCAAGCCUCUGGUGAACUGGCUCAAAGUCCCUCGCUCCACCAACAGGAAGCCCACCAUCAACGAGGAGAUCCACGAGAGGGCCUUCGACCACAUCCUGACAGCAGUAGAGGACAUCGCAGGUCUGCAGGGAUAUAACCACUGGAGAGACAA